GUGGAUGGGAGAGCCCUGACCCCAACCCUGUUGGGUUCCGGAUAAUGCUAACUUAGGGUUAGGAUUGAUUGAUGGCUGGCUGGCACUUACGUCAGUGCGUGACUUAUCCGCCACUUCUAUCAAUCGUGAACCACGGCGCCCUCCAAAUGCUGAUGGUAUCUUUCCAAUUGGUUGGCAGAUCCACAGCGCUAAGCAAACUACACGUCUUCGCUUUGAUAGGUUUCGUGGCCUUGCCAUCACAGGAGCUAUCAUCAUUUUGAAGUUCAGUCUGCACUCAUUUCGACACAAUAUUCCAUCUGACCAAAUAAAAAUUGCACCAUGAAGUUUUCCACCCUUUUCUCCUUUGCCGUCCUUGCCACUGCUUCUGCCUUCACCCAAAGGCAAGUUGGAUUUUCUUCCAGCGCACGAAGAGCAUCCACUUCCUUGAAUAUGGUGGCUGAUGAUGCGAAGGUCAUUCUCGUUACGGGAUCUUCUCGAGGUCUAGGAAAAUCCAUUGCUUUGGAACUUGGAAAGCAUGGACAGAAGCUUGUCAUCAACUAUGUUUCGGACGGAUCCGAGGAGGCCGCAGCGGCGACUUGUGAAGAAAUCAAGGCCCUUGGUGGUGAUGCUAUUGCUAUUAAGGCUGACAGCUCUGAUCCAGAUGCUGUUGACAAUCUCAUGGCUGAGGCAGUGGAAAAAUUCGGAACUAUCGAUGUUUUGAUCAACAACGCCGGUAUUACACGUGAUACUCUUGUCAUGAGAAUGAAGCCAAAGCAAUGGCAAGAUGUCAUUGAUAUCAAUCUCUCUGGGGUCUUCUACUGCACCAAAGCCUUCUUCAAGGUCGCAUCCAAGAAGCGCACUGGCCGAAUUAUCAACAUUUCUAGUGUUGUUGGACAAAUUGGAAACCCUGGACAGGCCAACUACGCAGCCGCCAAGGGAGGUGUUUUGGGAAUGACCAAGGCCAAUGCCAAGGAGUUUUCUGCUCGUGGAAUCACUGUCAACUGCAUCUGCCCUGGUUUCAUCGCCACUGACAUGACAGCCGAAUUGGAUGAAGCCUACCUGAAAAAAGUGUGCGAGGGAAUCCCUCUUAACCGUCUUGGAAAGCCCGAGGAAGUUGCUGGCAUGACUCGAUUCCUUGCCAUUGAUCCUGCAUGCGACUACAUCACAGGACACACCUUCAAUGUUGAUGGAGGAAUUGCCAUUGGUGUGUAAACGGGUAAUCCAUUAUCAAGCUCGGAACCGAAUGAGUGAUUAGUCCAGUCUCUUCCGAUUGAUCCUUCAGCAAUAAAAUAGAUAUUUUCUUCCUUAUAUUUGCCCGCAUUACCAGUUCAGUUGGCUUAUAGCGGGCAGUCACUCGACUGUGACUGGUCUCGUCGACCAACCAUCAAGCUAAGCUACAGUCGCGUCCAAAAACACAGAACAGCCGCAGUAAACCGAAAGGACGCUACGUUACCGCUCCUAUCAAACGAUCAGAAGAGGCUACAGGUAUCCAGAAGUCCAGUAUGAAGCGAAGCCAAGUAACGAGCGAGAGCUAGCUACCG